UAUGGCAAUGCAGUUGCGCUCUUUGCUCUUGUGUGUGCUGCUGCUUCUCCUUGGCUUUGCAUUGGCAAAUACCAGUGCUUCCAAGACAGAUCGACCCAUUGUUUGUGCAACUCUCAACCGGACCGAUUUCGAUUCUCUUGUACCUGGGUUCACAUUUGGCACAGCUACUGCAUCUUAUCAAUUGGAAGGUGCUGCAAAGCUAGAUGGUAGAGGACCAAGUAUAUGGGAUACCUUCACCCACAACCAUCCAGAAAAGAUCGAUGAUCACAAGAAUGGAGAUGUUGCUAUUGAUCAAUAUCACCGCUAUAAGGAAGAUGUGGCAAUUAUGAAGGAUAUGGGGUUGGAUGCUUAUAGGUUCUCUAUCUCAUGGUCCAGAAUAUUACCAAAUGGAACUGUGAGUGGUGGAAUUAACAAGAAAGGAAUCGAAUACUACAAUAAUCUCACCAAUGAACUCCUACGCAAUGGUAUAGAGCCACUAGUGACACUUUUCCACUGGGAUGUUCCCCAAGCCUUAGAAGAAGAAUAUGGUGGCUUUUUAAGCACACAUAUUAUUGAUCACUUUAAAGAAUACGCAGAACUUUGUUUUAAGGAAUUUGGUGAUCGAGUAAAGCAUUGGACCACACUUAAUGAACCAUAUACCAUUAGUAAUCAUGGUUAUACAAUCGGGAUCCAUGCACCGGGACGAUGCUCUGCUUGGUAUGACACAAAUUGUCUUGGUGGAGAUUCAGCUACUGAACCAUAUAUGGUGACACACCACCUACUCCUUGCUCAUGCAGCCGUUGUAAAAUUGUACAAAGAAAAAUAUCAGGCAUUUCAAAAAGGUGUGAUAGGAAUAACAGUGGUUUCACACUGGUUUGAGCCCGCUUCGAAGACAAGGAAAGAUAUAGACGCUGCAUUUCGAGCUUUGGAUUUUAUGUACGGAUGGUUUCUGGACCCAUUGACAAGAGGCGACUAUCCGCAUAGCAUGCAAUCUAUUGUUGGAGAUCGAUUACCAAAAUUCACAAAACAAGAAUCCAAGUUGCUGAGUGGGUCAUUUGAUUAUAUUGGAAUAAACUACUAUUCUGCAAGAUAUGCAAGCGAUGUCUCUACGAAUUAUUUUGUACCGCCCAACUACUUAACAGAUCUUCGCGUUAAUGUUACAACUGAACUUAAUGGAGUCCCCAUUGGUCAACGGGCAGCUUCAGACUGGUUAUAUAUUUACCCAAAAGGACUUUAUGAUCUUAUACUCUACACAAAGAAGAAGUAUAAUGAUCCAGUUAUUUACAUUACUGAGAAUGGCAUGGAUGAGUUCAAUAAUCCCGAAUUACCACUUGAAAAAGCCCUUGAUGAUAGCAAUAGAAUUGACUACUAUUAUCGCCACCUUUGUUACCUUCAAGCCGCUAUUAAAAAGGGUGCUAAAGUGAAAGGAUACUUUGCAUGGUCGUUGCUAGACAACUUUGAAUGGAACAAAGGAUACACUGUUCGAUUUGGUAUCAACUAUGUUGAGUACGACAAUGGACUGAAAAGACACCCAAAACGCUCUACGCAUUGGUUCAAAAAUUUCCUCAAGAAAUCCUCAAGUAGUACGAAAAAAAUUCGAGUGUGUGGGGAUGAUAAUGCUAAAGCCACCAAUGUGUGUAUCAAAUUUGAAUCCUAAAUGAAGAAUAAAGUACAUCGGCUUCUUCAUAGUUAUUGUGCGAGAGUUGUUU